UGUGAGGAGUGUGGAGGGACCGGGGUGAAGAAGCAGCAGCAGCAACAGGCGGCUGAAGAGCGACUUCCUUCCUCCGCCGGAGCACUAAUAUGGAGUUGGGGGGCUAUAAAUACGACCAAAACAAGUUCUCAAACAAACAAGGCCACGCGGCGGUGCUGGGGCGCGCAACAACAUGAGCGGACACUGCAGAGGCUCCACCAUGAAGGAUGUUUCAGGGCCGUUCGCGUUUCUCCUGGUUUUCCUGGUGGGCAGAGCCUGCUGUGCGGGGCCGAGUAGCGGAUACUGCAUCGACAGCCAGUGCUUCACAGUGUUCCGCCAGCCGAGCUCCUUCAGAGCGGCGCAGGAUGCGUGCGCGGACCGGGGCGGCCACCUGAUGACGGUGCGCUCCUCCGUGUCGCACGACAUUCUCUUCAUUUUACUGGCAAACUUGACGGAGAACUUCUGGAUCGGCCUGCAUCUGCUCGCCGGCUGCCCGGACUCCCCCGACGCGCUGAGGGGCUUCCAGUGGGUCACCAAGGACGCGGAGAGCGACUUCUCCAACUGGCCGCCGAGCUUCGACAGCGGCUGCUCCGCGCCGCGCUGCGUGACCGUGUCCCAGCAGAGCGACUUCAAGUGGACGCAGGAGCCGUGCGCGCAGAAAGCGGCCGGCUUUCUGUGCGAGCACGCCUUCAGCAACCAGUGCGCGAGGCUGGCGCUCCUGCCGGGCGAGUCUGCCACCUACACCACCCCGCUCGGGUUCGGGGGGGAGGACCUGCUGUCCCUGAUGCCCGGGAGCACCGCCGUGCGGAUGCCGUCCGAGACCAAGUACGUGUGCUUCUCGGAGCAGUGGCUGCAGGCGCCCUGGACCUGCGAGAUCAGCGAGGGCGGCUGCGAGUACAAGUGCGCGGUGGACCCGAGCAACACGCCGUCCUGCUACUGCCCGCCGGGCCAGAGCCUGAACCCGGACAACCUGGUCACCUGCGAGGACCAGGUGACCGACGACCCGUGCGUGGCGCUGCGCUGCGCGCAGGUGUGCUACGAGGAGGAGGCGGGCAGGUACGCGUGCACGUGCGACCACGGCUUCCAGCUGGCGGAGGACGGCAGGACGUGCGUGGACUUCAACGACUGCCGGGACGAGCGGCAGUGUCCCGGGGACAACUUCAUGUGCCUCAACACGGUGGGCGGCUUCCAGUGCGUGUGCCAGGUGGGAUUCCAGCCGAGCGGGGAGCUGUGCGUGGACACCGACGAGUGCGCGCAGGCUCCGUGCGAGCACGAAUGCGUCAACACGCACGGGAGCUACGAGUGCGCGUGCUUCCCGGGAUACCGGGUGAGCCCAGAGUCCCCGGACAAGUGCGAGCUGUACUGCGGGAAGCCGGAGUGCCCCGCGGAGUGCGACCCCAACGACCGCUUCCAGUGCUACUGCCCGGGGGGCUACAUCUCCGAGGAGCGCGGCCACGACGUCUUCUGCAUCGACAUGGACGAGUGCUCCUUCUUCUUCUGCGACCAGGGCUGCGUCAACACGUACGGGAGCUACCAGUGCAGCUGCAACCCCGGGUACACGCUGGUCGACGGGUUCAAGUGCGUGAGGAGCGACGACGAGGACGCGGACGGGGGCCCGGAGGGCUCCGGCAUGACCACGGACCCCAUCAUCACGCCCACCCCGCGGGUGGUCGUCCCGCAGCCGGGCCCCACGAGGAGGCCGUCCGGGGUGAGCACGGGGGCGCUGGUGGGCAUCAUCGCGUGCACCGCGCUCUUCGUGGUGCUGCUGGUGUUCGCGGUUUAUCACCUGCUGAACCGCAGGGGGAAGGCCGGGGGCGCGGGGGCGCUCAAAGCUCCGGAGGGCGAGGCGCACGGCCUGGAGAGGGUGGCCGGUCACACUUAGAGGGUUAGAGAGAGAGAGAGAGAGAGAGGAAGAAAGAGGCAGGUUCAUGCAGACAUGUGAAUGUAAACACGCACUGUGACCGAUGGAGGAUGGAAACAGGUGGAUGCCCUGCAGACCGCUGACUGACCAGCUCACACACCGGAGCAGCCCUUCAGACAGACUGCAGAGGACUGCUACUUUUUAUUUUUAGACAGAUUUAAGCUGACAUGCUUAAUAAAUUAUGUUUUGAAGAAAAUCCACGAACAUGAACCGAUCGUCUUCUUGUCUUUUUUUUCCCUCCAAAGUUUCGUUGACUUUAUUACUCGAGCUGUUUGCGCCACCUUCUGGAAGAAACAGUGUUUAACACGCUCCAAAACAGGAUCGUACAGAUCCUCUAAAAACCUUUAAAAGUUAUGAGCAGCUGCAAACAAUAAUGUAGUGAUAUCUUCCAAUAAUGUGAUAAUUUCGACCGUUUUAAAUGCAAUAAAGCCAAUGAUCUUGUUCUAAUAUUUUGCCAAUAAUGUGACAAGUUUUUUUCCCCAAAUCAUUUCAAAACGUAGUAAAUGCACCCAGAAUUGUAAUAAUCUAUAAGUAGGGCUACGUUUUUAAGAAAUUAGUUGUCAUGUAGAAUAGAUUCCACGUUGCCCUCCUUCUCAAUUAUGGUUGUAAUCUUACUAUUUUGUUACAUUAUUAUUUGCUGCAGAUGUCUUUGUGGCUCAGCUGGCAGAGCGAUUUGUCUCCCAUCACUGUGGUUUGAAACUUGAUCUCGACAUGCAACUGUUACUGAAGUUACGGCAUGAAAAUGUAAAAAAAAAAAAAAGUUGUCAAAGCAUUGGAGUUGGAUGUUUUCAGCAACAGUUUGUCUGUUUGGAGAAUUUUUGCCACAUUCUCCUCAUAUUCAGUUCAUAUUUACUGCCUUCACAGUAUGUCUCAAGGACUUUCUGAGAGGAAAAGUAACAGUUAAUCCUGAGUAAAAAAAUUUAGAGUAUCAACACUGUUUUUUUUUUUUUAAGAUUGCUCAAGACUUGUUCCUGGACAAAACCAUCUGUAAUCACAGAAAAACACAUUUUUAAAAAAUAAGAUAUGAAAACAUAACAGUUGAUUGCCACAUCUGAGCACAGCUGAACAAACAUCUUUACAACGCUAGAUCACUUUCAGUGACCGUCAGACAGGGGAUUCAGCCUGUUGUGGGCCAUUUGGGAUCUCAGGGAAAGAACUCAGCUUCCUCCAGUAUCAAAUCAAUCUGCCCAUCACAGAGCUUCUGACACACAUCUAAGAUCCAACAACACACUCCAACACAAACAGCCACACUGAACUGCAUCUACCAGCUGAAGAGGAUUCCCUGCUUGGCUCAUUUAAAGAUGCUGCCCUAUAGUCCUCCAGCAACAGGAGCAGUCAAAUAGUUUUGAAUGACAGUUGGGAAAUCCAUUCUCUGGAAUUAAGAGGGAGCUGUUGAGGGAGGGAGUACACUCACUGACAUUAUAUUACAAGGGUUUAGCUGCCCGUCAUGUUGGCCGAAGAUGGUUCAGACUUUUAUUCGACAGAGAGGAGGAAAGUUACGAGCUCUGGAAAACGAGGUUCCUCGUGCACAUGGAGCUGCACGGUCUCAGAGAAGUUAUCACAGAAGACCAACGGAUAUCUGAGGAGGACUAUGAAGCUCUUGCAGCGGACAAGGAUGACAGGAGGAGCACAAUUAGAUGUUGUUUCAGUUUAAUUGAAAAUGGUCCAAUUAUCUCAUGGAACAGCAAGAAACAGCCAUCAGUGGUACUAUCCACCUGCGAAGCUGAGUAUGUAGCACUGGCAUCCACUACACAGGAGAGUAUGUACCUUGUACAACUACUUCAAGGGAUGGAUAGUGAUAAUCAGCAUGUACCAGUCAAGAUAUAUGAAGAUUAGCUACAUCUAAAAAGCCAGUAUGUAGACAGAAGAGCAAACACAUUGACAUACAAUAUCACUUAGUUCAGUCUGCAUACGCAGAAAGGAUAACAUCUGCUGAGUGCUGCUCUACCACAAACAUGGUGGCUGAUGUCUUUACCAAGCCAGUGAUAAAGGCUACGUUGGGAAGUUCAGAGGGUCAUUGCUUGGACAGUAAUGUGAACUGACAGAUGUAAAUCUUUUGAAGUUUGUUUUUUGUUUUUAUUUUUUAAACUGUCAGUACGCCUGAAGUAUUUUCAAUUUGUAUAUGUGUUUUUGUUUAUCACCACUGUAUGCAAAACACGUCUUUGAGUGAAAGUGUUAAGUAUAUUUGAGAAUAUAAGCAGCAAAGCCAUGUUAGAUAGCUUUCCUGCAAGCACUGAGACACUGUUCUGAGCAUGUGCAAAAAAUAAAAACAGUCUGAAACAUGGAGGUUCAUCUUUUCUCUCUUAGAAGUAACAAUUAACCAUUCUUUGGUAACCGUAGUGCAAAAGGCUGCUGCACAGAUGUCCAACGCAAAGGGAAGUCUGAUUGUUUAGCUGUUCAAAUUUUCAUCUUGACAUUUUCUAUCAAUUUUUAGAUGAUGAAACAAGUGAUAGAUUAAAAUAUUUCAUCAUCACGAGAUAAUCUAACAAUCAGUUUCAGGGACCGAGCUUCAGGGAUGGAUGAGGGGCUGCAGAUAUUGACAGGACAGGAUUUGAUCACAUGCGGAGACGGGAUAAGAGCGCACUGACGUCGGUGAAUUUUGCACAUUGUCAACUAUUUUCCAACAGCAUUCAACAUUUUCACUAGGGAUGCACGGUAUUAUCGGCACAAUAUCGUAUUGGCAAUAUCGGCUAUAAAAACACGUUUAUCAGUAUCGGCAGAUAUGAAAAUUUCUGCCAAUAUUCACAGCC